UCAAGAACCGUAAAUUGUUCUGCUACGAUAAACCCGAGAGAGUGUUGCAGCCUACAAAGUUACACAUAUACAAAGUGGUGAAAGUCUCCAUACUUAGAAAAGAUAAUAAUAAUAAAAGAUUGAAGUGCAGUCCCCAGCAACAGCAACUGUGCCUUCUCCAUCCACCUUUUCUCCUUUCAUUUUCUUGAAGAAAGAGACCCCAUCUCCACCACCGUUAACAACAAAUCCCACAAAACCAAAUCCUCUUUCUCUCUCUCUCUCUCUCUCUCUCUGCAUAUAUAUAUAUAUACAUAUAAAAUAUGUGUAUAUGUAUCUCUGCAUACAAACAUAGUGGCCUAGCUGGUUCUUGGAUCCGGAGAUUCUGGCACUUUUGGAGUAUAUUAUAUUCAUCUAUAUGUUUAAAAAUCCAUUAGCCCACAAGACAUGGUUUCGUUUUCCUCCCAAUAUCGCCUCUCCCUAGGCUCAAACCCCUGUUUUCUUUGCCCACCAGCAUUGAAGUUUGUAUCAUACUUCUUUUUUUUCUAAUGCCUGUUUAUCCAUGGCCCCUCUUCUUCUUCUUCUUCUUCUUCUUUGUUUCUACAUUGAUUUCUCCCUCUGUGUUCGCUCUCAGUCCGCCGGGGGAAGCCCUUCUUGCCUGGAAGAACAGCUUGAAGGGCUCGCUCGAGGUUUUAAACAAUUGGGAUCCGACUGACGAGACUCCGUGUCGAUGGUUUGGCGUUUCCUGCAACUUCAAGAAUGAGGUUGUGGAGCUGAAUUUGAAGUACGUUGAUUUGCUUGGAAAUGUGCCUUCGAAUUUCAACUCUUUGGAGUCUCUCAACAAGCUUAUCUUGUCGGGGACUAACCUCACCGGGCCUAUCCCACGACAGAUUGGCGAUCUUCAGGAGUUGAGGCUCCUGGAUUUGAGUGAUAAUGGAUUGAGUGGUGAAAUUCCUGGUGAAAUUUGCCGCUUGGUAAAGCUGGAGCAGCUUUAUCUUAACACGAAUCGGCUGGAAGGUGAAAUUCCUGGUGAAGUUGGAAACUUGACAGGUCUGGUGGAGCUGACACUCUAUGAUAAUCAGCUCAGUGGUGGGAUUCCAGGCAGUAUAGGCCAUAUGAAGAAGCUGGAGGUGAUCAGAGCUGGUGGGAACAAGAAUCUUGAAGGGCCCAUCCCUCAAGAAAUUGGAAACUGCACGAAUUUGGUGUUGUUAGGCCUGGCAGAGACCAGCAUUUCCGGGUUUCUUCCAGCUUCUCUUGGGAACUUGAAGAAACUCCAGACCCUCGCCGUGUAUACCGCGCUUCUUUCCGGCCAAAUCCCACCGGAACUUGGCGAUUGCACGUCCCUGGAAAACAUUUAUCUCUACGAGAACUCACUCACCGGCUCGAUACCAACUCGAUUAGGCAGCCUUCAACACUUGCAGAACCUCCUGCUCUGGCAGAACAAUUUGGUGGGCACUAUUCCUACUGAGCUUGGCAACUGCCGUCAAUUAAUGGUCGUAGAUGUGUCCAUGAACUCGUUGACGGGCGUCAUCCCGGAGUCUUUCGGGAACUUGAGCCUGUUGCAAGAGCUACAGGUGAGUGUGAAUCAAAUUUCAGGCAAGAUUCCAACUCAGCUUGGCAAUUGCACGGGUUUGACCCAUAUCGAGCUCGACAACAAUCAACUCACCGGCAGCAUUCCUACGGAAUUCGGGAACUUGUUUAACUUAACGUUGUUGUUUUUGUGGCAAAAUCGGCUGGAGGGUAAUAUUCCACCUUCUUUGUCUAAUUGUCACAUGUUGGAAGCCAUCGACUUGUCGCAAAACGCAUUGUCAGGGCCAAUUCCUAGUGGUAUUUUCGAGUUACAGAAUCUGAACAAGCUUUUGCUGCUGGGGAACAAUCUCUCAGGGGCGAUACCGCCUGAAAUUGGAAACUGUUCUUCGUUGAUUCGAUUUCGAGCUAGUAAUAACAAGCUCACCGGGAGUUUGCCGCCGGAUAUUGGGAGAUUGAAGAAUCUGAAUUUCUUUGAUCUUGGAUCAAACCGGUUAUCUGGGAUCAUUCCGGCUGAGAUUUCUGGAUGCAAGAAUCUCACUUUUCUUGACCUGCAUUCAAAUUCGAUAACAGGGAAUGUGCCGGGGAGUUUGAAUCAGCUUGCUGCCCUCCAGUUUCUUGAUAUUUCUGAGAAUAUGAUUGAAGGUACAUUGAGUCCGAAUCUGGGAUCAUUGAGUUCACUAACAAAAUUGAUUCUUGGACAGAACAGGCUCUCGGGUCCAAUCCCAAGUGAACUUGGUUCGUGUUCUAGGCUUCAAUUGCUUGAUUUAAGCAGCAACGAGCUUGAAGGUCCAAUUCCGGCGAGCUUGGGGAAGAUUCCGGCACUGGAAAUAGCUCUAAAUUUGAGCUGGAACAGACUUUCUGGUGGGAUUCCGGAGGAGUUCACAACAUUGGACAGGCUAGGGGUGCUGGAUGUUUCUCACAACCAGCUCUCCGGCGACCUUCAUUAUCUGGCCGACCUUCAAAAUUUGGUGGUUCUCAAUGUUUCCCACAACAACUUCUCGGGUCAUGUGCCGGAGACUUCUUUCUUCUCCAAACUGCCGCUCAGCGUCCUGGCAGGCAACCCCCAGCUGUGUCUUUCCAGCAACAAGUGCUCGGCCGACGAUGGCGGAGCCACUAGGCGCGGGAAGGCGGCGAGGGUGGCAAUGGUGGUAUUGCUCUGCACGGCAUGUGUGCUACUCUUGACUGCGCUCUACAUUAUCCUCGGAGGACGUGUUCGGGCCUACCUGGCCCGUGAUGGUGAUUUAGACAACAAGGACGACAUGGAGUUGGGGGGGCCGUGGGAGGUCACAGUGUACCAAAAGCUCGACUUGUCUAUUAAUGAUGUGGCCAAGUGUUUGACAGCUGUCAAUGUGAUCGGUCAUGGCCGAUCAGGCAUUGUGUAUCGGGCUAUAAUCCCAUCAGGGCAAACCAUCGCCGUGAAAAGGUUCCGUUCAUCGGAGAAGUACUCGGCCGCCACAUUUUCAUCGGAGAUUACAACGUUAGCCCGCAUUCGACAUAGGAACAUCGUUAGGCUAUUGGGGUGGGCCGCCAAUAGGAAGACCAAGUUGUUGUUGUAUGACUAUUUGCCUAAUGGCACAUUAGGCGCGUUGUUACACGACGGGCGAGGGGAGAGAGUUGAGUGGGAGAUUCGAUUCAAGAUAGCACUGGGAGUCGCUGAAGGCUUGGCUUACUUGCACCACGACUGCGUGCCGCCCAUCCUCCACCGCGAUGUUAAGACACAUAACAUACUCUUAGGGGACCGAUACGAGCCAUGUUUAGCUGAUUUUGGGCUAGCAAGGUUUAUUGAGGAUGAAAAUGCUGGCUCUUUUUCAGCAUAUCCUCAGUUUGCUGGAUCAUAUGGAUACUUUGCUCCAGAGUAUGCUUCCAUGCUAAAGAUUACCCAGAAGAGCGACGUCUACAGCUACGGUGUCGUCUUACUAGAAAUCAUAACAGGGAAACAACCAAUAGACCCCUCAUUUCCAGACGAACUACAUGUUAUUCAGUGGGUACGAGACCACUUAAAGAGCAAACGGGACCCUGUCGACAUCAUUGAUCAAAAACUCCAAGGGCACCCAGACACACAAAUCCAAGAAAUGCUCCAAGCCCUCGGAAUAGCCCUUCUCUGCACCAGUAACCGUCCAGACGACCGUCCCACCAUGAAAGACGUGGUGGCCCUAUUGAAGGAAAUUAAGCACGAGCAAGCUGGAGGCGAGCAAGGCCAGAAGCCCACAACUAACUUAUCGAAGGGUUCCGAUCUUUCAUCGUACUCUUCCUCAUCGGUGACCCCUGCUCAAUUGUUGCUUCUCCAAGGCUCGUCCAAUUGCUCCUUUGCUUAUUCGUCUUCUUCCACAAGUUACAACAAUAGGCAUCAAUAAAUCGAUCGCAACAAUACGUCUAUUUGUUAGGAGUAGGAAAGCAAUUUAGUUGGCAUUGUAAAGAGGUAGGAGCAUUAGUAUUCUAUAUUUUGAUUAAAAGUUCAUAAAAAUUUGGAGAAAGAGUCUCUAGCAACCUAUGAAACUCCAUUUUCGCUAUCUUUCUUUUGAAGUAGUAAUUCUUGCACAUGACCA